GGGGCCACCAAAAAAUUCACGACCACACGCUCAAGCCUUCUGUGUCGUCGUCCUGCACGCCAAACUUCCAAUCCAUCACCACCUUCAGCUUUUCAGCCAGCCGACCACCGCAAACAUGUCUGAAGGCGAAGUCGAAGUGGCCACCUCCAGCUACGACGUCCUCCCCAAGGAGGUCCUGGCCGAGGUUGGCAGCGUCAAGCUGUUCAACCGCUGGAGCUACGAGGAUGUUGAGAUCCGGGACAUCUCCCUGACCGACUACAUCCAGAUCCGCUCUCCGGUCUACAUCCCUCACUCCGCUGGUCGCUAUGCCACCAAGCGGUUCCGCAAGGCCAACUGCCCCAUCAUUGAGCGUCUCACCAACUCUCUGAUGAUGCACGGCCGAAACAACGGCAAGAAGCUGAUGGCCGUUCGCAUCGUCGCGCACGCCUUCGAGAUCAUCCACCUCAUGACCGACCAGAACCCCAUCCAAGUCGCCGUUGAUGCCAUUGUCAACUGCGGCCCCCGCGAAGACAGCACCCGUAUCGGCUCUGCUGGUACUGUCCGGAGACAGGCCGUCGAUGUCUCUCCUCUGCGUCGCGUCAACCAGGCCAUUGCCCUCCUCACAACCGGUGCCCGCGAGGCCUCCUUCCGCAACGUCAAGUCGAUUGCCGAGUGCCUUGCUGAGGAGCUGAUCAACGCUGCCAAGGGCAGCAGCAACUCGUACGCCAUCAAGAAGAAGGACGAGUUGGAGCGUGUGGCCAAGAGCAACCGGUAAACGGUUGCUUGGUUGGAAGGCAUAUUGGACCGGGACGGGACGGAUUUUACGGCUUUUUAUGCAGGGCUGCUUUUGCGCGUUACGGUCUGGUGGAUGCAUGGCAUUCUUGUCACACAGGCACAAAUAGGGCUCUCGCAGAAAAGGGAGCAAAUGGUGAUCCUCUGACAAGAUUGGCGUCUUGCGGUGCGGUACUGUGCUAUGCUCGUUGCGUGGCGUUUCUGGUCUCUCUUAU